AUGUCUCAUCCUCUGAAUUGGCCUUUCAAACACUUCUUCUAUCCCAUCGGCAACACUUCAGCCACUUGCUUGACUCAGGACCUUCCUGUUGAGCAGGCGGCCGAUGUGCUUCUACUGGGCUGCGGGGACAUAAGAAACAUUUUGUAUACCGUCUAUGCAGACUUGCACCCGCAUGUUGGCAAUACGCGGGAACUCGAUUUUACCUGCUGCGAUAUCGAGCCAGCUAUUCUAGCUCGCAACAUCUUGUUGUACACUCUCGCGUGUUCAGGCGCGUCCCCAGAUGACGUUUGGAACAUCUUCUACCACUUCUAUCUGGACGACCAGAGCUACGAGCUGCUGGAGGCUCAGUGCCGUCUUCUCGCAACCGCGUCCGAGUCGAUGCGGACCUGGCAAUGCUCGGAGUUCGGGGCUUACCUCAAGAUGUGCAACAACCACACUCUCGCGGAGAUGCAUCGCCACUGGCAGCUCUACGCCGCGUUUUCUUCAAAGCCACGUAGUCUGCUUGACCAGAUGCAAGCUGAACAGAAGGACCUGUCGAAGAAAAUUUCAAACGACUACAACUCUCUCGGUUCGAUCAGCCGUUCGGCCGGCAUGCUCUGGCUUGAGGCUAUGAGGCCCAUGAAUGACCUCUACCAGCGAUAUUGGAAGACGGGUACUACAUUCUCUUCUGCGCGAGACAGCGCUGGAGCGAGGAAGCUCAACCCCUCGUUUAUAUACACUCUCCAUGGAGAAAAGUUCGUACCGCAUUACGGCACCUUCCCUCCACAAGCGUUCCAUUUGACCCCUGCCUUCGUUCAUAUCCUACGCGAUGAACGACGCGAUCAUCGAAAUUUUACCCCCAUGGACGUCGUGAAGGAACAGUUCAGUUCUUGGUGCGGGGCCUUCAAGGAGGCUGUUGGUUCGUCGCGUAGCCAUCUCGUCAUUCGUUUCUGCGUAGGCGACGUCCUCCGCUUCUGUAAAGCGCUACACAACAUGUCGCAAGACAUCCCUACACGCUUGUUCACCUCUCCUUUCUCUGGACAGGGUCUUGAGCUUGACGGCGAGUCGCCACCUUACACGUUCGACCUCAUCGAUACGUCGAACCUCAUGGACCAUAUUGGUCUGCUCAAUCUCCUCGUGUCGACGAAACCGCUGCUCAAGCCACUCCCCACUUCUGUCCUCUACACGGAGACUUUGCUUGCCGAGGGAGAGGAUACAACGGUCGCUCUGCUCGGCCGUAUGUGCGGGGGCGUAUCGACGAUGUCCCUUCUCGUCGGACUCACGCCUCGCUCUUACCUGUCGGGGUUCAAUACACACUCCAACGUCCACGAACUGCUCUACAACUCUGAUUCCAGUAGUAAGCAGUUUCACGAGCGCGUCGCUUGGUGCGCCCCGACCAGCGGCGAUCCGCAAGCAUGUCGGGAGCAGCCAAUCGUAUUCGACUCUGCGGAGCUUGGUGCAAUCCUCUUCAGUGUUUACGACCAAAUCUGUGGGGACGAGAAGACUUUCGAGGCUUUCCGCGACCCCCGUCUACGAAAAUUACUAGAACAGCAGGACCACGACCGUGCGAGCUUUGCGCAGCUGGUGCGCCUGGCGAUGUCCCGCGUUGACCCGGGAGUCGGCGGUUGGGAGACGACGCUUGAUGUACUGUUCAAACUCGUGGAGGAAGACCGCACGCGUAUUGUUGGCCUGAAUUACUAUCAGGAAUUCUGUUUGCAGCUCCACCUCCACGGCGUCACUACAACCAAAUCGCUCUCCCCGAUGUGGAGGUCAACCUCCAGUUGGCCCAACGGCAACUUCGAGGUGUUCCGUGGGUGGGCUCACGUUCCACCUGUCGUUUGCGUCCUCUUCACUAUCCCACGGGAUCGGCUCAAGGUCUUCAGCGGCACGGAGCGUCUGGGUUCGAUGGUGUUACUCUGUCACUUACUCUCGUCCCUCGGCUACGACAAUGCGUUCUCGUGCAACCUGCAGGCGAUUCCCGGCCGCUUGGAGAGGGAUCCCGCUGAUCCUACGUCGACCAUUAUUGUACGGGACGCCAGAGGCGUGGAUGGUGCAACAUCAUUCGUCGUCUCCUUCCUGGCGCCCUCGUGGCUGCUGACGAUCCCGCAAACGAAAGUGAUCUUCGCGAUAAAGUCAACGCCCCGCGUCGCUGUGCAGUUCAUGCGGAAGCUCGGUUUGAUGCUGGAGAUCUUCUCUGCUCAGCUAACAGACAAGAAGCACGUCUGCAUUGUCAAGGAGAGGCCAGGUGUCUUCGCCGACCCACGCGCAUCUGAGGUGCUCCCAGAAGCAACCCGAGCCCGUGUACCGUCCGUGAACAAGGUCAGUGCUCAGAUGGACGACACCUCUGGCCCCCGAGGAAUUGCGACCUUGACGCUCAAGCUCGACUUGGCUACCAUGGGAUUCACAUCACCCCUCGCGCCUUCGCUUCCGAUCACUGCAGAACAGGCCGGGGCAUGCACGAUGGCGGUUACCAUUGGUGAACAGCGGAGACACGUCCAGUUCCCAUUCCCUAUUGAAGGUAGUCAGCACAAAUUGCGCGUUGCGCGGAAAUCAUUGUAUAUUGAGGUCAUCGUGCCGCCUUUCACUCAACCAAAGGGUGCAAGCCGAACCUUGAACGGGAACAUAUUCCCGAUCAUGAAGACAGUGGGACUGACUCCCUGGAAUGUCCACCACGUCAACCUGGACAUAGCACCCAUUCUUGACACCAAGAAAAGAAACGAGCUUGAUUGGAUCACCGCACACACCGUCUGCCAGUUCUCGGAGCGUGAAACAGCCCUCCUUCGGAAAAUGCCAGGCUCUCCCACUACUUCCGCCCCUCAACCCGACUUACUCAUGGACCUCAAAUGCACCAUCCGGGAGCUAAUCAAUAACUUCUUCGGUUUGACCAAGAACGGCACUCGCGCGAGGAUCUUCCUAUUCUUCGAAAGAGGUACGAGGACGCCAUUCAUGCUGGUUUUCGUUCAUCAUGUCCGUCUCGACCUCCCAUCGUUCACGCUGCUCGCGGACGCCGCCGUGAUUCCGCUCGACAGCUCUGGCAUUUUCGACGGGAUCUUAGGCCCCCUUCUGAAGCCUCUGGCCAUCCCUGCUGUGCCCCUCUCCCAACUCGAAGUGAUCGCAUGGAAGCAGCUACUCCCCGCUGUCGUUGAGCGGUGCCGAUCUUGGCCGCACGGGCCCAACUGCGAGUACGCAUCCGGGCGGAUUCCAGUUUCCGUCGAGCUCGACGCAAACCCGCUUUGUGGGUGCGGUCGCGGGAUCGGGCUCCCAGACGCCAUGCCGGACGUGCCCACGGGACUGUGGCAGGCUGCCCGUCCGUUCGCGACGCGCGCGGCGAUCUCGCCGCUCUUCGCUGUGUCGUACCUCGAGUCGGUCGUCGCUGCAGAAAUUGCCUCCGGAGCGCGCGACGCGGGCGUGUACGCGCGGACACAGGGUGUAAACCUCAGUCAAGGCACGGUCAAUACCGAUGGUGCGGGGCCGUCGGUUGGCGCUGAUGAGAGGUGCCUCGCUUGUGGAGGGCCCGGGAAGCCUAAGCUGUUCAUGUGUGGGAAGUGUAAGCAGGCAAAGUACUGCUCCCCGGCAUGCAACAAGGCCGAUUGGAAAACUCAUAAGCUGACAUGUCGCCCAGCAUGAGCUUAUGCCUACUGAUAUAAUCCGUCAUCUUGAUCUGCGUCGAGGCUGGAUUGGUAGACUAGUUCAAGUUGUAAGCCUCCAUUUUUUUCCAGAAAAUUCAUGCACAUGGAAGCAUCCUGUUGCCCGCCGUCGGAAAUGGCUUCGUGGUACUAUUUCGAAAGCGAGUCAAACCCUACAGUGGUGCUGAUGAUAGGAACGGGCGUG